UCCAGCAGUUUGCAAUUGCACUGCAUCAAGGUUGCACCCAGAUUAGUCUGCUGAAAUCUUCAUUUCUCAAUUCAAAAUGGGAAAACAGAAAGCAAUGAUCAAAAAAAUGGAAAGUUAUUGCCGAAUACAAAAUCUGUUGGGAAGACAGUGUCUUGCUGAAUGUCUAGGAACAUUGAUUCUUGUGUUAUUUGGUUGUGGAGCAUGGCACAAGUUACCCUCACAGGGGUUCCUGGACAAAUUUUUGACAGUAAUUUUGCAUUCGGAUUUUCAGUGAUGCUUGGUGUGCUCAUUGCUGGCAAAGUAUCAGGAGCUCAUCUGAACCCCGCCGUGACCUUUGCCAUGUGCUUGCUUGCCCGCGAGCCCUGGAUAAAGUUUCCCCUUUACUCUUUGGCGCAAACACUUGGCGCCUUCCUAGCAUCGUGUAUUAUUUUUGGUUUGUAUUAUGAUGCAUUUUGGGACUUCAGUGGUCAACACCAACUAUUAGUUUACGGUCCUAAUGCCACGGCUGGUAUUUUCGCAACGUAUCCAUCUGCACAUUUAGGUUCAUCCAAUGGUUUCUUUGAUCAGAUGAUUGGGACAGCUGCUCUCAUAGUGUGCAUCUUGGCCAUUGUGGACAAAUGGAAUACCCCAGUGCCUAACGGACUAGAGGCAUUCACUGUUGGCUUUACCGUGCUUGUAAUCGGCUUGUCAAUGGGUUUCAACUCUGGGUAUGCGGUGAACCCAGCCAGAGAUCUUGGACCGCGUUUGUUUACAUCAUUAGCUGGCUGGGGAACUGAGGUUUUCACUGCUGGAAACUACUGGUUUUGGAUCCCCAUUUUUGCCCCACUUCUUGGUUCUAUACUUGGUAUUCUGGUAUAUCAAUUAAUGAUCGGCAUACACCUUGAGCCUAAAGAGCAGAGUUCACCCGUUGGGGAAGAAAAUCUAAAACUCGCAAAUGUGAAAUUAAGAGAAGGUUGCUGAUGCAUUGUAGAUCACAUGCAAAUACUUGCUAAAUCGAUACUAGCAAUAUUCAUGUCACACCACAAAAUAUGGACUCUUUUGAAGAAUACAGGUUUUUUAGAAGACUUUUUCAAGGCAAUGUAGCUUUUUAUGUUCGACGCUUACAAAGUCCUGAUGGAUUUCCAAUGCCACAAACCAAAUGCAAAAAUAUCCACAAGCAUUGGCGC